GGUGCAAUUCUCAAUUCUCCUUUUCAAAUUCACAUUUAUUUUCCAGCAGGGUCAGUUAGAAAGUGCCACUUGAUUGUUGCUUCUUAAAAGUGUAUGAAAUAGACACUGAGUAAUUGAUUGUGGAUCUUUUUUGGUGAAGUCAUCUGCAUGAAGCCAUCCCAUGCUUUCUACUUCUGAUUUUUGAGGAUAGAAUAUGCAAAUCUUUAUUUGGUUUCCAUUUCUCCUCCAAGCUGUUCAUUCAUACCUCGUGGGACCUAGACAAGUCACAGGGGUACUUGGAGGAUCAGCAACGAUAAUUUGCUUCUACAGUAAUAUCUCUGCAAACAUCCAUGGGAGAAAGUUUUUGUGCAAAAUGUCACAAAGGGAUUGCGAUACAAUCAUAUCAACCUCUGGCUACAUAGCAGAGGACCACAUCAACCGGACUCAUAUUGAGGUUAUGAAGGACAGAUUCAAGGUACAGAUGACACAACUUGGAACUGACGAUGUUGGUCGCUAUAGAUGCGGCAUUGGUUUCAAUAACAAUGGCUUUUAUCACAGUGUCGAAGUGAUGAUUUCUGAAGCAAGUAAAGUACCUUCAUCAACAGAGUUCAUAUUUGGAACGCUCCUUGAUUCUCUAACCAUUCAUUGUCCAGUGCUAAAGAGGUCCUACAACCACACAAAAUAUUGGUGUAAAAUGGGCAAAAAUAAUUGUAUCCCGAUGAUGGAUAGCAAAGGGUUUGUACACAAGGAAUUCUGGGGAAGGUCCAUCAUUCAGGACAAUAAGAAUUUAUCAGGGUUCUUGGUCUUUAUAAAUAAUCUUCAAAAAAUGGACUCGGGAUUCUACAGAUGUGGAACUGGAUUAUAUGAUGAAGCAUCAGACUGGAAAGAUGUUCACAUUUUUCUCAGCAGCAGCAAACUGAGGCCGAAAAUACCAAUAUCAUUGAAUGCAUUACCUGGUGGAUCUGUUUCAUUUAAAUGCCCACAUGCAAAAGAAUUCAAAACAGAUUCUGUGGUAUAUUGCUGCAGAUGGAGCAACACUGGCUGUAAGCGUUUGAUAGACUCCAGUGGGUUUGUUGAAGAUGAAUAUAAUGGAAAAAUGCAUUUGAACAUAGAUACUACUUCUGAAAAAAGUUAUUCAGUCUUGAUAACUCAACUAGCAGUUGGAGAUGCAGGAUUGUACUGGUGUGUGAUCUCUGAUGGGAGAACAAGUAAAAUACUCACAGUGAUGCUGAAUAUUUUAGAGCCCACUGUGUCAUUCAAAUCUCAUUCCAGAAGCACCCAUCAUUCUAACAUUGGACCAGAUAUUAUUUAUAACACACUUCAAACUGGCACUACAAAAGAGACCAGCAUAUCAUUUAAACCCCAUACCAGCAGCACGCAGUUUCCUAACAUUGGACCAGAUAUCAUAUAUACCAAAUUUCACACUGACACUAUACAAGAGACCACUAGAUCAUUCAAACCUAACACCAGAAGCACAAAGCAUCCUAACAUUGGACCAGAUAUUUCAUAUACCACACUUCAAAGUGGCACUACACAAGAAACCACCAUGCCAUUCAUACUCAUAUCUAAAAGCACCCAGUAUCCUACACAAGACACAAGUGAUUACCCAAAAACUCCACACAAGGGGUUAUAUAGCAAUGCAAGUCCAAAACAGACUAGUUCUUUUCUGCCCUUAAUCACUACUGGUCAAGACACAAGUGAUUACCCAAAAACUCCACGCAAGGGGUUAUAUAGUCAUGCAAGUCCAAAACAGACUAGUUCUUUUCUGCCCUUGAUCACUUCUGGCCAAGACACAAGUGAUUACCCAAAAACUCCACACAAGGGGUUAUAUAGCCAUGCAAGUCCAAAACAGACUAGUUCUUUUCUGCCCUUGAUCACUUCUGGCCAAGACACAAGUGAUUACCCAAAAACUCCACGCAAGGGGUUAUAUAGUCAUGCAAGUCCAAAACAGACUAGUUCUUUUCUGCCCUUGAUCACUUCUGGCCAAGACACAAGUGAUUACCCAAAAACUCCACGCAAGGGGUUAUAUAGUCAUGCAAGUCCAAAACAGACUAGUACUUUUCUGCCCUUGAUCACUUCUGGCCAAGACACAAGUGAUUACCCAAAAACUCCACGCAAGGGGUUAUAUAGUCAUGCAAGUCCAAAACAGACUAGUUCUUUUCUGCCCUUGAUCACUUCUGGCCAAGACACAAGUGAUUACCCAAAAACUCCACACAAGGGGUUAUAUAGCCAUGAAAGACCAAAACAGACUAGUUCUUUUCUGCCCUUGAUCACUUCUGGCCAAGAAAACAAUCCAAGUUUGUACACCAAAACUAACUUAUAUAAAGUAUACAGCACUACAAGUCCCACAAUUACCAGACAAUUUCCCCUUGAUGAUACUACUGACAAAGAUACAAGCGUUUACCUCAAAACUUCACACAAGGGAUUAUAUAGCCCUGCAAAUCCAAAACAGACUAGUUCUUUUCUGCCCUUGAAUACUACUGGCCAAGGUACUGAUGUCUUGUCAAACACUGAACAGCCAGCUAACACCAGAUUCAUAAUACCAUCUCUUUCCUUGACUGCAAGUGGAAUGGAGGUGACCAUAAAUUCAAACAACACAUUUAGCCAAGAUAUAGAACCAAGGAACCUGCUCUUUGUUUUAAUUCCUGCAUUUGCCAUCGGUUGUAUUCUUAUUAUGAUCCCACUUAUUCUCAUAAUAAUAAAGCUUCAAAGGAACAAUGGUGAGUCAGAAGCAGUCCACAUCCAUUCUACAUAUGAAAGAAAUUUUUCAAUAGUUGACACAGCCUUAGUGGAAGUGGAGCAAGUUGGAGAAGUGAAUGAACUUAUAACUUUCUUUUUCAAAGAUAAUCAAGACAUUACUGAAGAAACAGCCAUGUAGAGGAGUGAUCACCAAUUCUACAUUCUAAGGUGUAAUUGCUGGACCUGGAACUGUAAAGAAUACUAACCAAAAGAAGACUGCUUCAUUUAUAAUGAAACUGAACUGCCAAUGUUAUUGUUCUAUGUUGUUUUUUUCAAACAUAUUUAGGGGAUGAUUUAUGAACAUUUAAGAAAUCUGAUAGUUUUUAACAUUAAAAGACAGGUCAUAAAAAUAGAACCAUUUAUAUCUGAUGACAUUGUUGAACUCUGAUUAUAAGGAUGUAAUUUACAGUAUAAACUAAAUGGAUAUGUCUUAUGGUGCAUGUGCUCUAACAUAUUUGUUCUUUUGUUUUUACUAACUUUAAUUUGUAUUAGCUAAGAUAAAUAUAUUAAACAAA